AUGGAGAAGAUUUUCAUACCACCAUUCCCCAAAACUUGUUUGAAUUAUCAGAUUCCAGCAAAAGUGGAGAAUUCGCCUGAAGUUAAUCCAAAAACCAGAAGGAAAAAUCUAUCUUUCAUCAAGAAGAGAGAGCCCAUUAUCAUUCCCGACGAGCAACAAUUGGAUUACUUGUGUAGACAUGGAAGUCUGCUCGAAGCUGAGAAAGCUCUGGACUCGAUGUUUCAACAAGGAUCCACGGUAAAACGAAGCACUUACCUCAAAUUGUUGGAAUCGUGCAUUGAUUCUGGUUCUAUUCAUAUGGGUCGUAUCCUUCAUGCUCGGUUCGGUCUGUUUCCGGAGCCUGACGUCUUUGUGGAGACUAAGCUGUUGAGUAUGUAUGCGAAAUGCGGGUGUCUUGUUGAUGCACGUAAGGUGUUUGAUUCAAUGCGUGAGAGAAACCUGUACACAUGGUCUGCUAUGAUUGGUGCUUACUCGAGGGAAAAUCGGUGGAGAGAAGUCUCUAAGCUCUUUCGUCUGAUGAUGGAAGACGGAGUUUUGCCUGAUGAUUUCUUGUUCCCUAAGAUAUUACAGGGAUGUGCGAAUUGUGGAGAUGUUGAGACUGGGAAGCUGAUUCAUUCGCUGGUCAUUAAACUCGGGAUGACUUCUUGUCUUCGAGUUAGCAACUCGAUUUUAGCCGUGUAUGCGAAAUGUGGUGAAUUGAGUUUAGCUACGAGAUUUUUUAGACGCAUGGAGAAGAGAGAUUUGGUUGCUUGGAACUCAGUACUAUUAGCUUACAGCCAAAAUGGUAAACAUGAAGAAGCUGUAGGAUUGGUCGAAGAGAUGGAGAAAGAAGGGAUUUCUCCAGGGUUAGUUACUUGGAACAUAUUGAUUGGGGGUUAUAACCAGCUUGGAAAAUGCGAUGCUGCAAUGGAUUUGAUGCAGAAGAUGGGGAGUUUUGGUAUAACUGCUGACGUGUUUACGUGGACAGCUAUGAUUUCGGGCUUGAUUCAUAAUGGGAAGAGAUUUCAGGCAUUAGAUAUGUUCAGGAAGAUGUUUUUAGCGGCUGUAGUGCCUAAUGGAGUAACUAUUAUGAGUGCGGUGUCUGCUUGUUCGUGUUUAAAAGUUUUGAACCUGGGAUCAGAAGUUCACUCUAUUGCUGUGAAGAUGGGUUUUAUGGAUGAUGUGCUUGUGGGAAAUUCUCUGGUUGAUAUGUAUUCAAAGUGUGGGAAACUGGAAGAUGCAAGAAAAGUUUUUGAUUCGAUGAAAAAUAAGGAUUUAUAUACUUGGAACUCAAUGAUAACAGGGUAUUGCCAAGCAGAAUAUUGUGGGAAGGCUUAUGAAUUGUUUACAAGCAUGCAAGAGGCAAGUGUAAAACCAAAUAUUAUCACAUGGAACACGAUGAUUUCAGGAUAUAUCAAGAAUGGAGACGAGGCUGAGGCUAUGGAUCUAUUUCAGAGGAUGGAAAAGGAUGGGAAAGUUCAGCGGAAUACUGCAUCAUGGAAUCUAAUAAUUGCGGGCUACAUACAAAAUGGAAAAAAGGACGAGGCCUUGGAACUAUUUCGGAAAAUGCAGUUUUCUCGAUUCACGCCAAAUUCAGUUACCAUUCUAAGUCUCUUACCCGCUUGUGCUAAUCUUCUUGCGACCAAAAUGGUAAGAGAGAUACACGGUUGUGUAUUGCGGAGAAACCUAGAUGCAGUUCAUGCUGUUAAAAACGCUUUAACAGACACUUAUGCCAAGUCAGGGGAUAUUGGAUACGCAAUAACCAUAUUCAAGGGUAUGGAAACCAAAGACAUCAUAACUUGGAACUCGCUGAUUGGAGGUUAUGUUUUACAUGGUAGCUAUGGUCCAGCUCUUGAUCUUUUUGAUCAAAUGAAGACACAGGGGAUUAAGCCAAAUAGGGGAACUCUUGCGAGUAUCAUCCUUGCACAUGGUCUAACGGGAAAUGUUGACGAAGGAAAGAAAGUCUUCUCCAGCAUAGCGAAUGAUUACCAUAUCAUUCCUGCUCUGGAACAUUGUUGUGCUAUGAUAUCUUUGUACGGACGAUCUAACAGACUUGAAGAAGCUGUGCAGUUUAUGCAGGAGAUGAAUGUUCAAUCAGAGCCACCUGUCUGGGAAAGCUUCUUAACUGGCUGCAGGAUUCAUGGUGACAUUGACUUGGCAAUCCAUGCAGCAGAGCACAUGUUCUCCUUGGAACCUGAAAAUCCAAUCACUGAAAAUGUGGUUUCGCAGAUCUAUGCAUUAGGUGCAAAACUUGGGAGAUCUUUAGAAGGAAAGAAGCCGAGGAAAGAUAACUUGCUGAAGAAACCUCUUGGGCAAAGUUGGAUUGAAGUCAGAAAUUUGAUUCACACAUUCACGACAGGUGAUCAGUCGAAAUUAUGUACUGAUGUCCUGUAUCCCUGGGUGGAGAAGUUAUGUAGGCUGGAUGAUAGAAGUGACCAAUAUAACGGAGAACUUUUUAUUGAGGAAGAAGGAAGGGAAGAAAUUUGUGGAAUCCACAGCGAAAAGUUUGCCAUGGCUUUUGGCCUAAUUUCCUCAUCGCGUGCACCUAAGACGAUAAGGAUCUUGAAAAAUCUUAGGAUGUGCCGCGAUUGCCACAAUACUGCAAAAUACAUCUCUAAGAGAUACGACUGUGACAUAUUGUUGGAGGACACAAGGUGCUUGCACCACUUUAAGAAUGGAAGUGUUGAAGGCAAGCCUGCAUCAGUUGGCCCAUGGGGAGGCCAUAGUGGUCAUGCCUGGGAUGAUGGAAUGUACACCACAGUAAGGCAAAUAAUUAUAGCCCAUGGUUCUGGUAUAGACUCCAUCCAAGUUGAGUAUGACAAGAACGGUAGCUCGGUUUGGUCUGAAAAACGUGGAGGAAAGGGAGGCAAGAAAUUUGAUAAGGUCAAACUUGAUUACCCACAUGAGUAUCUAACUUCAGUACAUGGAACCUAUGGUAGUUUUGACGUCUGGGGAAAUCUAUGUGUCCGAUCUCUUACUUUUGAGAGUAACCGCAUAAAUUAUGGACCGUUUGGUGUUGAGUCAGGUACAUACUUCUCAUUGCCAAAAUCAGAGUCGAAGAUUAUUGGGUUCCAUGGGAAGACUGGUUGGUUCCUGGAUGCUAUUGGUGUUCACCUUCAACCAAUUACUAAAGAGAACAAUCCCUUGUCAAAAAUGCUUUUGCACUCACAUCAAAAUAUCUCUCAUGGUGAUAAGAAACUCGAGUACUCAGUGAUUCAAGGAAGUGUAGGCCAAAGCUUUGAUAUAGUUGUUGCCCUCAAACAGAAAGUAUCACCUUUACCUUCUUCUGAAUCCCAAGAUUACAAAGGUGCUGAGAUCACCAAACAUAAGCUGGGGACAGAUAUUGACAAGUUGCAGCCAAAAGCUGAAGGUGGUACAAAAACAUAUGGACCAUGGGGUGGAACCGGUGGUAUCAUGUUUGAUGACGGGAUUUAUACCGGCAUUAGACAAAUCAAUUUGUCACGCAAUGUCGGGAUUGUGUCUAUAAAGGUCUGUUAUGAUUUUAGAGGACAAGCUGUGUGGGGAAGCAAGCAUGGUGGCACGGGAGGGUUCAGACAUGAUAAGAUUGUAUUUGAUCACCCAUCAGAGGUUUUAACUCAUGUAACGGGAACUUAUGGACCGUUGAUGUACAUGGGACCUACUGUGAUAAAGUCACUGUCUUUCCACACCAACAGAGGAAAACAUGGACCUUUUGGAGAAGAACAAGGACCUUCGUUUACCCAUAAAAUCGACGAGGGUAGAGUUGUUGGGUUCCUUGGAAGAGAGGGUUUGUUUCUUGAUUCCAUUGGUGUUCAUGUUGUGGAAUGCAAAAUAAGCUCCCUUAAGCCAUCAUCUCCUUACAACGCAAUUGUUCCUCAUAACAAUUCUGGUGUUACCCAAAUCGAAAAUUCCCCCUGGGCUAAUAAGCUAGUCCUUGCAGCAAACGGCCAUGGCCGUGGCGAAGAGCAUGGAGUCGUUAAAGAACCAACACCAAGUGGACCUGGACCGUGGGGAGGUGAUGGAGGUAAACCGUGGGAUGAUGGAGUUUUUUCAGGGAUCAAGCAGAUAUUUGUAACAAGAGAAAAUGAUGCUAUCUCUUCAAUACAAGUCGAAUACGAUAGAAAUGGACAAUCUGUUUGGUCCGUUAAACAUGGUGGUAGUAAUAAUGGAGUCGCAACACACAGGAUUAAAUUAGCGUACCCAAAAGAAAUGCUCACUUGCAUUUCCAGGUACUACGGACCUCUGAACAUUUCUAAGAGAUCUAAUGUUAUCAAAUCUUUGAGUUUUUACACGAACCGAGGCAAGUACGGUCCAUACGGUGAAGAAACCGGGACCUUUUUCACUUUGACUACAACAGAAGGAAAAGUGUUAGGGUUACAUGGAAGGAGUAGCUCUUACUUGGACGCCAUUGGAGUUCAUAUGCAACAUUGGCUUGGCAACAAUAAGCCUUACUUCAACAAGGCUUGUUUCAAGAUCUUUUGA